GCGACUUCUAAUUAGGGAGUCUAUUUGAAAUAUGGGGAGUUAAGUUUCGGUACGUUGCAAUGCAUUAGUUUAAUAAGCAAAACCUUUGUUGUUACAAGUUCAAGACCCCAAAUUUUCUACUUGUCUUUAAAACGUGUCAAUCUUGCUCAACCUUGUCAUUGUGGAUUAUGUGUUAAGUCAUUAGUUAGACAAAAUGUCCCGAAGUAAAUCUGUGGUUCAAUAAAAAUUGACCGAAUGGUCGUUCAUUUAAGAUUUGGGACCGCACAGUAAUAUUCCUCAUCUUUAUGUAUCCUUAACGAUAUUAAGUUUUCGUGCGUAUGAUAAGCUGAAUCGCGUGUCCUGAAUCACGCAACUAGCUGUAUCAAUUAUCUGUAUUACAAUUUGCGUCAUUCGCUUAUUUGUUCUAACGAUAACAACUUUUUCUUCUAGUUCUGAAAUAAGUUUUGGCAUAAAGCAAUCUUAUAAGUCGAUGAGUACUUCUUAACUUUAAUUUGCGUAUGAAAAAUUGUAAUGUAGAUUCACGCCGAUAUUUCUAUCCGUACCAAGUCUGCUGCAUUUCUGAUUAUCCUGAGCAUUAAUGCUUUCGUUUUUAGUUCCUUGUAUCAAUGUUUCAGUGAUACAUAUUCCAGUCUUCAGUUUCGAAGCUUCAGUAACUAUCGACGAUCCCUUAUGCCUCAGUUCAGAAUACCACAGGUUUGUCGUUAUUUAAAUUAAACGAACUCUCAAAUGAAAAGCCAGCUCAUUCUCACGAAAUAUGCACGGUUUCCUCAAAGUUAUAAAGUUUUACGGGCAUUAAGAAAACAGGGUUUUGCUACUUAAAAAUUUGGUUGGGCUGCGUUUCACAAAUUCAUGUCCUCUAUAGCUUUUAUACUACUUCUUAGACAGAAAUGAAACCAUACAGCUUCCCCCGAGUAAUCAAGCCUUCUCAGCACUGCCACUUUGUUGUUUAAACAUGUGUAAAUAACGAUUUCGUACUUCCUCCAUCUAAAACGUUAUUAUACUACGUAAUUAUAUUUCCUGAUUUCAUGUUCUAUCAAAUUCUCUGUCAGCAUAUUCCAUAGAUCUUUCAAUGAUUAAUAAUUUGUGAUGUUGUUACUCAGGUAGUCUUAGCUUGUUCGUAAACUAUGGAAUAACAUACGUGGAACGAUUUAAGACGUUAUAGUAACUCCAAAUAGAAGAAAAAUGUCAUUUUGGACACCUACAUCUUUAAUCGUUAGUUGUGUAAGGUAUUUUGAUUGAGCAACACGAUAAUUCCUUAUCAAAUAUGUAGGUCAAGUAAGCUAUUUCUAAACAUCCUAGUUAAAAAAUUAUGUGACGAAAUACUAUUUGUAACUAUGGGAAAGUUGUCAUCUGACCUUCUUAUUAGUGUAUAAAUGCAUUUAUCUCAGGUCCUAAAUAAUUUAUUCUUAUCAGUCUACCAUAAGUACUUUGUUCGUAAGUGGGUUGUAAGUCAGUUUUUUGCUGAAUAAAUCCGUAGUGUAUAAGAUUGUUGUAUAAAUUGCAGCCCCACAUACUCGGACUUGUUCUCGACAGAAAUUUCAAUUUUGGUUAUCAAUAAAGUGCACAGAAUAUGAUUGUAUCAAUAACCUACUCUAAUAGAAUUAAAUAAUCAACUAUCUUUCAGUUCAUCUCUCAAUGACGUUACUCAUCAAACUUCAUCCAAAGUCGCUUAUUUUGGAUUGAAUAAAUAGACUAAUAACAUUACUUGGUUCUAUAUAUAAAGGCCGUUUUGGUAAGGUGUAUAUUUCUAAGCUUGUAUUUUCAGUAAUACCUUAAUAAUGUAGUCAACUUGAAAUAGUCAUUGUUUUCAGUUCAUGAUACUUUACCUCAUAGGUUACUAGGUCUGACGUCUCAUUCACUGGUUGAAUGGUGUUACUCCAAGAGCUUUAAACACAACCGUUGGUAAUGUAGUUUAACAGAGUCUGUCUGGCCCAAUUUAGUGUUAUCAUAAACGUCUUUUGUUUCCAAUGGAAUACAAAUAAAUGGUCUAUUUUAAAUUAUGCUCCUAUCCUCAAGUACAUGUUUUCGUGUUUUUAGGGAUAUACUGCGUCAUCUAAUGCUACAGGAACCCAUUCUCCAUCUUAAUUCGGAAAAAGAAAACCUUAAUUCAGCGUUCCUCCCCAAUAUAUCUCACUCCAGAAGAAGAAUCGACAAGUCUAACACCGAAGAUAUCAAGGGUCUUUGUAGAGUUUCACAGGAAAAAAAAAUGCCGGCUCUUUCUACUACUCGCACUCAGGGUCAUUGCAGGUCUGGAUCAACUAACACUGAUUCUCUGUUUGUCCGUCCGAAUUCCCAAGUAUCAUCUAAACUGCGAGCAGCUGGUGAGCCUACAUUGAAAAAGUCGUCUAGCUACCAAAAUAUUAAAAUUGCCAAUAAUGGAAAAGGGCAGGCAAUGCAUUCGUCAAAUCUUCAGGUUACUCAGUCAAGUAAACGAAAGAAUCUCAAUAGUAAACAAAAGCACCAUAGUAGUGCCGCUAACAUUCCCACAGUUUGUUCUAAAAACCCUGAGCUAACUUCGUCGGAACCUCAUUUUCAAACUCACCUUAACACUCAUUCUAAUGCUCACCGCAUAUCUGUAAACAGUGACCUACUUUCACGUGUGGAAAGGGAGAAAAAGCAAUAUGAAGCUCGGAUAUCAGAAUUAACACAAGUCACAGAAACACGCAAGAUGGAAAUAGAAAAGUUAACAUUCGAAGUUCGCCGUGCUAAAGAAGAGGCAUCAAAAGCUAUUUUAUUGACCGAGGAAACUAAACUUGAAAACAUCCAGCUGCGAAACCAGUUGCUAGCUCUCGGAAGUCCAUGCAAAAAAGAUGGAGAUCAAGGUUCCUGCGUAGAAUUCCAUCAAAACACAAAAUUGAAUUCCACAACUCCUAGUUCACGUAAGUUAUUUGCCUUCACCUCAUCUCCUCCUGAAUCACUUGGCACAACAACACGUCUUACUCCGGGUGGAGCCACCACUGCAUUUACUGGAGGUGUUACAGCUAGUUCAUUAUCAAGUGAAUGGAAUGAAAUGGCACCAGGGUAUGAUUUAUGUCCUACUGAAGAGCCUACUGUGUAUGAUACUAACUAUUCAAGUGAUUUGGAAAAUAUGAGUAGUAGAAAGCAAAAAGAAAACCCAGUCGUUAGUAUCGCUACUCUCCAAGGACGUUUACUACAAAUGGAAGAGGCCAACUAUACUACCAACGAAGAACUCCAAGCCACAUUGCAAGAACUAUGGGAUCUACAGCGCAGUGUUGAUGAGGCUCAUGAAGAGGCUCACAGUCUUGCCUUUGAGCGCGCGAUUUUAUUGGAAGCUCUCUCAACUCAGACUUCAAAACUUGAACACUGUCGAUUUCAAAUUGAACAGUUAAAACACUUAUUGCUCACUGAUCGUAGUGCGCAAACUCCUGGUUCACGAGAGAAUCACUUUUGUGAGUUGUAUGCUUCCAUUGAGCAAGAGAAACAAGUUCUACUAGGUCAAAAUAAUGACUUGGCCCAAAGUUCAGAAAGUCUUGCUCGUGAAUGCCGUAUCUUGACAGAAAAAGCGUCAGCCUUGCAAGACAGUUAUGAUGCUUUAGAAACGAAGCAUUCUUCUUUGGAAAAAGCAUACCAAUCUGUUUCUUCAGAAUUAACUUUGCUUAAAGGUCAAAUUCCUCUCGAUUGUUGUAAAGGUUCACUAAAUAAACAGGAUGAUAUAUCAGAUCACUUGAAAAGAGUUAGCAUUGCUGUUCAAACUGAUUGCGUUUUUCUCAUUGAUUCACUUGAAAACCCACUCUCUGUAUCCAUUAAUGAAGAUAGAAAGAAAUUGAAUGAGAUCACUGUUGAAUUGCAUAAAAUCAAAGAGAAUUAUGAGAUUCUACUUUGUGAACGUGAGCGUGAACAAACUGAAUGGCGGCUAUAUGAAAGAGAUUUGUUAAAAGCUGUUCAAGUCGCUGAUGAAAUUAAAACUGAAUCCGAACAGGAAUCUCACCGCCUAAACUCAGAGAAUGCAUCUCUCAAAGAACAAGUUGAAAAAUUAACUAAAGAUUCUACUCGUUUGAAUUCUGAAAUUACAAUAUUAAAAGAUAAAAUUAACUCAUUAUCAUCGAGAAACAAUGGAAAUGAACAUCUCAACUUUACUUCUGGUUUUCAUCUAUCAUCAGAUGGAACGAAUAAACCAAAUCCCAACCCUACCUCAGUCUCAUCUACUUCAUCAAACCAACCAAUUCUAUCAAAUAUCAUUCAGAAUAUUUGUCCAAGUAGUUCCGCUUAUCUUACUACAAAUACAACAACUAACUCAUGUCGUUUAGCACCUGGUACACUAACAGACAAUAGCUACUCUGGACGUAAUAGUAUAAUGCAUCCUUUUACUGCACAUCGUUCCACUGGAUUUAAUCAUACAAACCAUUUACAUUCUACGUAUCCAGGUUCACCUGGAGCACCAGGUCGACCUAGUGCUCUAUCAACCGGGCCAACUGUGCGCAGUUUAAUUCAAAGUAUUGAAAAUCAGGUCAAAGCGGUCCAACAUCAGAAACGCAGUACAACAUCUGCAUCAGUCGGUAAUUCACGUCCAGUUCGUUUAUACACUAAUACCAAUAACAAUGACAAUAGUAAUAAUCGACAAAAUAUUUCAUCAUGUCUUAGUUUAAUGUCACCAACUGGGUAUCCUGGAAAGUCGACUGCACCUAUUAGUAAUAAUAAUGGUAAUGGGAACAAUGAUACUGGUAAUUCCACUUCAAAUCAUCAACUGAAUUCAAGGACAACUACCACUAAUCCUGUCAUUUCAUCAGAACUUAAUUACAAAGUGAAGAAUCAGGAGAAUACAGAUAUGAACAGCUUGAUUCAUACAUCAGCGCCUGGUGGACCGAGUUCCGCUAUAUUAGGUAAUCAAAAUGUAGCGAAGAAGUUUCCUUCAGAUAACAUUACUACUGGUGGUAGUAAUAAUAAUCAACGUAAUGUUAAAACACCACUUGGUACAUCAACUAUCAUGAAUUCAACUGGAACAACGGUGUUUAGUAAUUUCAAUCAAUUUACUAAAAUGGAUUCAAAAGAUGUUUUACUCAGAAGAAAUAAUAGUAUUUGUGGAUCAACUAUAAAAACUGGAUUGAACAGUAAUAAUCAUAACAAUAAUAGUUUGAUAACAAGUAAUGUAAUUGAGAGUAGUAAUUCAACGCCAAGUGUUGUACAAGCAUUCAAAGCAGACGAUAUUGUCACUAAUCAUCCUACCAUUACCGCUGAUGCAUCAUACGACAAUAGUAAAACUGAUUUAAUCAUAAAUCAUAAAGAAUCUCCAUCAAGAUCAUUAGAUUUAGUGAGUUUUCGACGUUUCACAUCAACAACUAUACCAGAUAGUAGUAGUAGUAGUAAUAAUAAUAAUGGGAAAAUACAUACAGGUACUAGUAAUGGUACAACUAGUGUUAAUUCAAGUGAAAAUAAUCGUAAUUCAUUCAUCCAGGAAUCUGAUAUUUCGGCAACCAUUGGUACUACUGCUACUACUGUUAAUGACAAUUUGUUAUCGAUUAAUCCCACACAAGAUCAUCAUUCGAAUACAUCAACUAGUUUUCAUAGUAGUAUUCAUCAAGUUUGGCAAGAUCCAUUACAAGAAUUAGCUAGAUUAACUGGAGCUGGUUCAAAACGUAAUGCUUUAUUACGUUGGUGUCAGUCACGUGUACUAGGCUAUCGUGGUGUGGAAGUAACAAAUUUCUCUAGCUCAUGGAAUAAUGGUUUAGCAUUUUGUGCUUUAUUACAUACAUAUGUUCCAUCAAAAAUUCCAUGGAAUGAUUUAAUCACAUCUAAUGGUUUACCUAUUGAUAAACGACGUUGUUUUGAAAUUGCUUUUAAAGUUGCCGAAGAUGAAGGUAUUCCAACUACACUAAAAUUACAAGAUAUGCUUACAACAGAACGACCUGAUUGGAAUUCUGUAAUGACUUAUAUCACGUCAGUAUAUCGACAUUAUGAAGUAGAAGCCUUGAAUCCAUCUACAACUACUGACAAUAUUGAUUGA